CUGUUCCCACCCAUCGACAGUUUCCUGCAAUACUCAAUCAGCAGACGUGUAUAAAAAUGCCUAAAGAUAUUUUUCAGCCGUUGUCAUCACUGUGCAAUGUGCAGCUGUCCGUUAAUCGCAGUGAAAAUAUUCGAAGAAACAUUACAGCAGCAUCGAUGUCCAUUGGUGCUUUAGUUUCUUGAGCUAUCUGGCUAUCCCGUGAUAUGAUAAUUAUGGAUUUUCCCGUAAUUUUAGCUGGAUUGCUAACUAUCGUGCAAAGCGGAUCAUCAUCGGGACAAGCCUGUUCUCCUCGGUAUCCUCUGGUAAUUGCCACACCGGGUGGAGAUAAUCCAGCACAGAGUGUUGGCACCUGGUAUGCCUACCGGCAAACCGGGCAGGCUAUCAAUAUCAACGAGCAGAUAACCAUUACCAGUUACGGGGCCGCCGUGGAGCCCCUGACCAACACCUCGGCCGUGCAGCUGUACCAGCAGGUCGCAUGGAGCACGGCGGCCAAUACAACCUGUCAGUAUACAUACUGGACCGGUAUCUAUCUCGUCACGGGGCAGGAAAUCGGCAAUGGCGCCGUCUCCGCUGAUGGCUACAGCGUCAUCCGUCUGACUGGUUACUGGAUUUUAUAUCACGACUACCAGAAGCUAAUGGUCGGGUACGGAUGCCAGAAGCCCAACGCCGAUGGCGUCACGUGCGACACGCCGGUUAUCUGGGCGGAAACGCGCACCCGCCCCGAUCAGCUGUCGGCCAGCGACAUGGCCGCUCUCGAUAGCCUCAUUAAUACGGCGCUGCAACCGUUGUGCGUCACCGUGGACAGUGUACCCAAACAGAUCUACGACACCUCCAAACCAACGUGCUCCUUCCCGGCUAAUCCGCCGCCGUGUGUCACCUCGUUGAUUAAAGGCAUGCAGGCUGUGGCGCCCACCAACGCCUCAACAAGCCAGCCGACAACAACAAUGUCAAGUUCAACUAGUUACAGUGCGACGUCGAGCUCCAGUACCGCCUCGAGCUGCAACUGGCCGUCCAUUGCGCCGUCUAAUUUGAUUUAUGAUCCUAACAAGGCAUCCGGCAUUUGGUGGGUGUACCGGUCCAUGUUCUCCCCGGAGGCGGAAGCCGUCGGUAUGCGGUUAUUCUGGCAUAUUCUGGGCCCGGCACCGCUGCCCAUGACCAAUUUCACGGGGGAUUUUGUGUGGUGCGAGUUAGUCCAGUACAAUUCCAUCAACGACACGCAGUGCAAUCAUGGCUCGUGGACCGGGUAUUUUGCUACCACCGGGCAGAAUGUCGGCUUCCGCUUUUUAACCGUCGACAACGGAGACGGCAACUCGCCAGCCGCUCCGGCGCGUUCGUUGACCUUGUAUCAAGACGACAACUACCAGUUUUACUACGUCUGCCUGAUUAUUAAUCCUUUCACCGGCAACUGCGAUUCGCCCUUCGCCACCAUCAGCGGCCGUUCCAAUCCGACCAGCUGGACGCAGGCCGAGAAGGAUCACGUGGAUAACGACAUCAUCCUGCCGCUCAUCAGACAGUGGGGCUGCACGGCCAAGGAUAUACCGUUUAUGCAGCAUGCCAGUAGUAAACCGGUCUGCGAUUUCUCCGGUUCCACCACGUGCUUGAACCAGUUCAACACCGGUUAUAGCGAGCUUAUCAAAGCGGCGCAGAAGCCUAGCCCAGUAUAUUAGAAACGGCAUUUUUAUAGGCCUAAAGUUGUUUCGUUAUGCAAUGUAUGCAUUGUGGAGUAACCUUUGGCAAAUAAUAUUGAGGGAAAAUGAGUGUUUUUGCAUGCUUACAUGCUAUACGAAAGUUGAUGCUCUUCAAUUACCGUACUACCGUAGAUGACCUGCCUACCAAACUCAGACCGAUAAAGUGGGAACAUAGGAUGAUGAACUAUGUGCUAUGCCAAAUCUGGAGACUAGUAGUAAAA